GGGUAUACCAUGACGGCUGCUGCUGCUGUUGAUGAUGACAGUCCCAGUGGCCGUGGUGUAUCCCGUGGGGCUGUGGAGGUGUCGUGCGGGGCCGGCGGUGCGCUGCGUGUACGCCCCGCUGCUGAGAGUGAGUGGCUUACAUGCGGUGCGGGCAGCCGUGUGUCUGCAUGUGGGAAGUACGCAGACCUCUGCCGCCAGCGUACCGCAAGAACAGCAAGAACAACAACUAUUGCUACUACUACUACUGCUAUUGCUGGACAGCCAAAGGCGGUGAUGGCUACACAUGUUGGUGUUGGUAACUGGGAUGAUUUUCUUGCAAUAGGAAGCUGUGAUUCUGGGAAUGGUGAUCAUAAUGGAAAUAAAAAAACUCUUAAUGGAGUAGAUUGUGGGAAGUGGAAAGAAGAUGGAAGUCUUGAUAAGGUAAACCACAAUAUUUCUAAUUCAUCAAAGGCGAAAGAUGCUGAAAAUGUGGUGAGUCUACCUCCUAAACCUUCUGUAGAAGUGAGUGAAGAACAAGAGGCACCUAGUGCGGAAGAAGAUCGUCUACGUACGAACACAUUACACCCCACGUCUACAGGCACCGGUUCAGGACGUCAAGCGACUGAGAGUGGACCAGUAGUGACACAUCCCAGUGAGUCUGCGAGUGAUAAAGCACAACCUGGUAGGAAUGCAGAACGUGCGCCAGAAGCGUCAAGUACAUCUUCGGAACCUCCUUCUUCCUUAAGAGCUCCUGAAGAUAGCAGCACAACCUCGGCAGCAUCCACUAACGAGAGUACAGGUAACAGUUUACCUGGCGAUAAUAAUACUACUCAACAACCAUCUUAUGAAGGUACGACUGCACCUAAUUCUAUUUCUGGCGCAGAUUCACAACAAACCACUACCAAUUACGUGAGUACAGGUGACAGUGCUUCUGGCGCCGACACAGGUGUGAGUGGGAAAACGGAAAUUGAAGAGACCACUUCCACUACUCCGCCGAGUAUCGAGAACACUGUCAGUGAAUCACCAUCACCAUCUCCUGUAACUGUAUCCAACACAGUGAUCAGCACCAUCGCUUCCACUGUACAGAACAAGGGUAAUGUUGAUAGCAGCAGUGUCAGUCCUGUGUGGAUGCGCACUGCAGCACCGCUGCUGAUUGUGGCUGUGUUGUUCUCCGUUACUCUGUAUUGA